AUGGCCAGCACAGCCGUGCAGCUCCUGGGCUUCUUGCUCAGCUUCCUGGGCCUGGUGGGCACACUCAUCACCACCAUCCUCCCGCACUGGCGACGCACGGCGCACGUGGGCACCAACAUCCUGACGGCCGUGUCCUACCUGAAGGGGCUGUGGAUGGAGUGUGUGUGGCACAGCACCGGCAUCUACCAGUGCCAGGUCUACCGCUCGCUGCUGGCACUGCCGCGCGACCUGCAGGCAGCCCGCGCGCUCAUGGUCAUCUCGUGCCUGCUGGCGGGCACCGCCUGCGCCUGCGCCGUCGUGGGCAUGAAGUGCACACGUUGCGCCAAGGGCACACCGGCCAAGGCCGCGAUGGCCGUGCUGGGCGGCGCGCUCUUCAUGCUGUCUGGCCUGCUCUGCAUGGUGGCUGUGGCCUGGACGGCCAACGACGUGGUGCAGAACUUCUACAACCCUCUCCUGCCCAGCGGCAUGAAGUUCGAGCUGGGCCAGGCGCUCUACCUGGGCUUCAUAUCCUCGUCGCUGUCACUCAUCGGAGGCACCCUGCUCUGCCUCUCCUGCCAGGACCAGGAACCCCGGCGGCCCUCCCGGGCACAGCCCAGGCCCAUCUCGGCGUCGGCGCCCACCUACCGGCCCCCAGCCGCCUACAAGGACAACCGCGCUCCGUCGGUGACCUCGGCGACACACAGCGGGUACAGACUGAACGACUACGUGUGA